GGCCGCGGAGCGCGGAGCUCGAGGGGGAAGCCGGCGGGCGACGCGCGCAGCCACGACGGAGCAGCCGCGGGACUGGCCGCCCCGCGCCCCGUUCGCCGCCGUGCCGUUCCCCGGCGCGCUCACCCCGUUUUCGGGAUGGGAGUGUAGCGGCGGCGCGGACUCGGCGGGGAUCGCGGUGGAGGCGGCUGCGGCGGCCGAGCGCGGCUCCAUGUUUUCCCCCGGCCAGGAGGAGCCCAGCGCCCCCGACAAGGAGCCGGUGAAAUACGGGGAGCUGGUGGUCCUGGGGUACAAUGGUGCUUUGCCUAACGGUGACAGGGGCAGGAGGAAAAGCAGAUUUGCCCUCUAUAAGCGGACCAAGGCCAAUGGUGUCAAGCCCAGCACAAUCCACGUGGUCUCCACACCCCAGGCAUCCAAGAUUCCAGAAGUUGUUUUGCUGGAUGUAGAUGAGAAGAAGCACAGUGUCCAUGAAGAAGCUACCAAUGCUAUCAGCUGCAAAGCCCAGCACAGCAUAUCCUACACUCUGUCGAGGAACCAGACCGUGGUGGUGGAGUACACACACGAUAAAGACACAGACAUGUUCCAGGUGGGCAGAUCAACAGAAAGCCCCAUCGACUUCGUGGUUACUGACACAGUCUCCGGUGGCCAGAACGACGAUGCUCAGAUCACACAGAGCACCAUCUCCAGGUUUGCCUGCAGGAUCGUGUGUGACAGGAGUGAGCCAUACACGGCACGCAUAUUCGCAGCUGGAUUCGACUCCUCCAAAAACAUCUUUCUUGGAGAAAAGGCAGCAAAAUGGAAAAACCCUGACGGACACAUGGACGGGCUCACCACCAAUGGUGUUCUGGUGAUGCACCCUCGAGGGGGCUUCACAGAGGAGUCCCAGCCGGGAGUCUGGAGAGAGAUCUCUGUCUGUGGAGACGUGUACACCUUACGAGAGACCAGGUCGGCCCAGCAGAGGGGAAAGCUGGUGGAAAGUGAGACCAACGUCCUUCAAGACGGCUCCCUCAUUGACCUGUGCGGAGCCACUCUUCUCUGGAGAACCGCCGAUGGCCUUUUUCACACUCCGACUCAGAAACACAUUGAAGCCCUCCGGCAGGAGAUCAAUGCAGCCCGACCCCAGUGUCCUGUGGGUCUCAACACCCUGGCCUUCCCCAGCAUCAACCGGAAGGAGGUGGUGGAGGAGAAGCAGCCCUGGGCGUACCUGAGCUGUGGCCAUGUGCACGGCUACCACAACUGGGGCCAUCGCAGUGACAGAGAGCCCAAUGAGAGGGAGUGUCCCAUGUGCAGGACUGUGGGCCCCUACGUCCCCCUCUGGCUGGGCUGUGAGGCAGGAUUUUAUGUUGAUGCCGGACCCCCAACUCACGCCUUCACCCCCUGUGGACAUGUGUGUUCAGAGAAGUCUGCAAAGUACUGGUCUCAGAUCCCGCUUCCUCAUGGGACCCACGCGUUUCAUGCCGCCUGUCCGUUCUGCGCCACACAGCUGGUUGGCGAACAGAACUGCAUCAAAUUGAUUUUCCAAGGUCCAGUGGACUGACACCCUGGACAGCCACUACACGUUAUUAACAAGUUACUGUGAAGAUUUUGCCACUAACUCUAGAUUUUAUCUUUUUGUAAUGCUCUUUGUUAAGGGAAAGGCAGAUGGGGUUGGGGAAAAAGAGGGCGGUCUGGUCAUGAAACAUGGCAGAAGUUGACAGAUGCCACUGUGUUUUGCAUGCGUGGAGCAGCAGCAGCAUCACUGAGGUCUGCCUGAUUAAACCUUAAUACCUGUGUAAUAAUUGGAUUUCAUUUUUAACUUUGAGUGUUUAACCAAGUUUUUUUGUUUGUUUGUUUGGUUUGGUUUGGUUUUUGCUUUGUAAACUUAGACAAGGUUUUACACCCUUUUUUACAAGUGCAGAGGAAGCUUAUUCAACAGAUGUCCUGCAGUGUUGCAAAGCACAGGUGUCACCUACAAGAUGUACAGUGGCUGGGACGACAUGAAAGUGGCCAGGAUCGGACCCAGUACCAGGGCCAGCUGUUGGCCUCCCAGAAACUCCAAGGGAACAGGAAGCAUAGGCCAGGCACUUGUUUUCAAACGUACAGCUUUGUUUCUCACUUAUUUUCUGACUUUGGGCAGAAGAAAAUAUCCAUAUGUUAACUUUAUUUUAACUUGAGCAGAAUUUAUUUACACAUUCAUUCAUCAGAUACACAGCAUAUCGCAUAUCAAUCAAAGGCUUUCCUGGAAGCCUUUAAUCUGCCCUGUUAUUUUUGCUUAUUAUGGGCUGUCUCUCAUCUUCAUGUUAACACAUCAAAAACUGAUUGAUUGGUUAAUUAAAAUCUAGCAGCUUUUCAAAAUUGACGAGCUGAGGGUAGCAGCAGCAGCAGGAGUCAUGGGCCACGCGAGGCUGUUGGAUCUGUGAGGCUCUGUGGGCAUGUCCUGAGUCCACUAAUACCAGCCUUAUCUGCAUACCAAAUUGCUUAAGACCCAAGAGAGAUUUAAAAUAUGCUUUUACUUCUAAAGCCACUUGUUGACGCUUAAUGGUAUGGCUUCCUCCCUCCUCUUCCUCGUCCUUUUUUAGAAAGCUAAAUUUUGUGAGCCCCAAAGCAACAAAUGACAGUGGAAGUGUCAUUUUUUCCGCUACCGUUCCACCAUCGGUUACCUUCCCUUUGAGGUGAAGGAGCCCCAUACGUUUUGAAAAUGUUUGCAAAUCAAACCAAGUUUAAAUGUGACCACUAGAUACACAGAGCACCGAGGGUAUGUCUGUGAUCAUUUGAAAUUCCUGAUUUUGAGAGAGCUGGUGAGUGGUCACUGAGAAAUAAUUAAAUCAGAAUUUCAUGAGUUGUGCGAGCCCUCUGUUAGUUUCACGUUGUAUUGAUUAAUAAUUCCUGUAUGCUCAUUUUCUGGGUUUGGGGCCAGGACUGUUGUGGCUCACAGAAUGUAGAUACUCCGUCGGGCUUAGCUUCAUUCCCCCAUUCCCAGGGAGAAAGUCUUCAGUUAAGCUAACAUCUGUUUAAAUGGACCGUCAACGGACUUGAGCUGCCUGGUUUAGCAUUAGUAAAUAUGUAUAAUUUAUGUGAAUCUGAUAUACCAUGUCCAUACUUGAAUUGGUUUUUCCAUAUUUUGCCUAUUUACAGAUAUUUCCCCAUUUUCAGCAAAGUAAAUCUAUUUGAAUACCUUUUCUUAAAAACAAAAAGGAACAUUACUCUCUAAUGCUGCUGCCUCCCUGGACCAAGUAUGCUGGGUUUAUCUGUCAGUUUUAAAAUAGCUUUAUUUUUCCAGGGGGACCAUUGUGUAGGAAGAGGUAUUUUUUUGUUUUAAUUAUAUUUAUGAUGUGGAAAUCCAACAACAAUCUUCUUUCUAUUAGUUUCCUCUGUUCUACAUAGAUUACCUACGGGCAAAAGAGAAAGAAAAAGAAUUUUCUAGAAAAACCCAUUGGCUGCCCUCUGACGCAGUAGAGCUUCAAGCACUGGCUUUCUGAGAAGGAUAAAGGGUGCACUCCUUCACUCCCCUGGUUAUAUGGGCAGUUUGACAGUUCUUGGUUCCUAGUAGCACCUUCUAAGGUGAAGGGUCUUACAGCCAGAAAGGUUGAAUUUCACCCAUCUGAAAAAAAAAUUUCUCGAGGACAUUCCACUCUGAUACCAGGCUCCUCUGUGUCAAGUCGUCUGCUCGUUCUGCGCAUGACACAUGACGCAUGCGCCUAAACAAGGGAAGCAUCUGACCUCCUAAUCCAAGAUUGCAGACUCAGCCACUAGCUCUCCGGGGGCAGUAGCCAAUUUUAUCAUUUCCUUGGGUUUCCAGGUGAGGAACACAGCCACGUUACCCGCAAAGGAAGCCGUGCUGACUUGGACAACUUGUGAUAAGAUCACUUUCUGCUGAGGGAAGGGUUUUCAAGAAUAAAGAACUAGUUCAUCCAUGUAGAGUGAUGUAGUUGAGAAAAGGAAACUUCCCCAAGGUCACUUCUGUUUUCAUGCUGACUCGCCAUCACAUUUAAAGGAUGAAUCCUAAUCCUCCCCACCCACCCACAUGUACAUAAGGACAUCACCCACCGCUCUCCCUGGUCUCAGCCUGACCAAUUGUCUUUUUCAAAUAGGUUUCCAGAAGUACAGCCCCAGUUACAUACUUCCAUAGAUAAUAGCUUUUUCCAUUCUUUGUGACAUUUCAUUACAAAAAAAAGCUCAGAGCGAAUGGGAGACAGUGCUGAGUAUUUUUCUAGUGUUUUGUUAUUAUUAUUGAUCCGUGUGUUGGGCCACGCAUGCUGCAGCUCUCCACGUUUCUCUGAUUUCCUUCAGCUUUCUGCAAAAAGGGCUACAGUUCACACUGCAGAGGAAGUAUUAAGCUUUCUGGGUGACGAACACACACACACACACACACACACACACACUUCUGUGGCCCAAAAGAAGUAAAAUCUUUUAAUAUAAAUAGAGAGCAUAUUUAUAUCAUUCCUCAAUAGUUAAUUAUAGUGUUUGGUACCUUUGUGCCUCAGGGAAGCCACGUGACGUAACUGGUUAUAGACUUUCAGGGUUAGGGUGUAGAGAAAGGAGAAAGCCAUUGGAAAAUGCGAUGGGCUCCAUUAAGGAGACUAAUUAAUCUAGUGCAGAAACAUGCCAGGACUGGCAUAAACGUGAUUGUAGCAGAAUUUGUUUCCCAGUACUAGUAGGGAAAUUAUUUUAAGUUAUUACAUAUACUGUAUUAGGAGAGUUGAGAACUCUUCAUAAAACAUCAAUGCCUCUCACUUUUGCUUACCAGUCUCUGUUCUUGGGAGCUCAGUAUUGAUGUUUGAACAUUUUCUAAGAGUUUGAGGAACACGUUUUCUACUUAAAGUGUACUAAAGGUGGUUCUGUGGUUUCACUCAGCUUCUUUCCUCCUCCAGAGCUGUUCUGUUCUUUGGAUGUGCCCGAGAGGUGGCUACUCAGCCCGUCAGUGCUGUCUUGCCUCUCACAGUGGCCGUGCAGACAGACAGCCCCGAGGACCUGCAUUUCAAGCCACUUGUGCUUCUGUUCCCUUGGCUGUCAACCUCACGACCUAUAGUUCUGCCUUUUGGAGUAAGGGUCUGGAGCUCCCGCCGUGGUGGUGAGCACAGGACACAGCUCCCCUCAUUGCAUUAGUACUCAAGGGCAGGGAGAUAACUGGGAAUAGUUUUAUGAGAUGCUAAGCAUUGCUGAAGAGGUAAAACAGCAUUCUGUCUUGUCUUUUUAAUAACAUGUCCUCACAAGUGUCUGUCCCCAUGACUCCCUAGUGGACAGGAGGGAACAACAAAUAUAUUUUCCAAUUCAGCUUAACUUUCUAAAAAGAAAUCAUUGUGCUGAAAGGGAUGGUCUGUCUUUUAAGCUGAGAUCACAGAUUGCUUCUCUGUAUUAAAUAACCUAGAAGUUAGGGGGCUGGUCAUAUUUACCAUGUAUAGUGUUAUAAGCAGUUAAAUUUUAUGGUUAUAUUUGUAAAAUCUGUUCUUUUGUAUUUCAUGUUCAAUUGAAAAUUUUAUUUCUUCACUGUUGUACUUGUGGAAAUACAAGCCAUUUUACAGGGAAAAAGUCUUCAAAAGCUAUUAAACAAAUCUCCCAUGUUUGUAAGUCGUCCGCGACUCUGUUGUUGGCACCGGCUUCAUCGGGACAUUCAGUAGGACAUGGAUACAAAUGUAGUCUUGAUUUGUGCAUUUCCUAGCUUCCACACAAAUCCCAAACAGACGGGUUGACUGUUGUUUUAUACUCUGCACACCGCAAACUUAAAUCUGUGUUCUGAAAAAUCCCCCAAUUUUUUAUUAAACUCCAUUGGUGCUCAUAUUACAAUCUCUUGUGACAUUUUAUCACUGUCAAAUAAAUGUAACUUGUAGGAGACUUUAA